GCUCGCGCAGCUUGGUGUCUCCGCCGGUGGGCGAGGAGUGAGAUGUGAGAUGUGCGCACGUUAAAAAAAAAUAAAUAAAUAAAUAAGUAAAAAAAACGGACUGCGCACUUUCACGUCGAUGGAUUUUUGAAAACCAGCUGAUGGUCGACGAGGAGCGGUUUUCGUCAGCGGACCGCGGUGCCAUGCACGGCGGCGGUUUUGCAUUUUUACGCAGCCAUCCAGCCUCGUCCUCCUCGAUCCAAACGGCGUCACAUGCUGCCGAGAAGCACUUUAACGCCUCAGAUAAGAUGUCUUUGGGUGAAUGCGGCAGCCAGCGUCAGGAUUUGGACCAGCACCACUGGAGGCCAGCAUGCGCGGAUCGGAGGACGUUUUUAUAACGCCUGCACGUCACACUUCUUAAAUUUCGCUACUUGACAUCCAUUUAAAGACUCAGCCAUGGGUGAUGAGAGCAGCCUGUCUCGGCAGGUAGAGAGCGUGCAGAGGAGCGUGGUGUUCCUCAGGCAGGAGCACCUCACUUUGCUCCACGGCCUCCACCUGGAGAUCCUCUCGCUGCAGAAACGGUGCACAGAGUUGACAAGCGAACUGAAGGUGAAGCCUCCAGGAAGAAGCCAAAUAGAAUUGCAGGAGGAAGAAGAGCUGUUGGAGGCCCGCUGUCGGGAGGUGGAAAACCGCCUUGCGGAUCGGGAGUGCACCUUAGGAGAGCUACGUAAGGAGCUGGUUCACAAGGGGUCUUUGGUCGGAGCCCUCAGGGCCAAUCUCAAAGAAAAGGAGCGGCACUUUCUCGAGGAGCUUAAGCGCCGCAGUCACUGUUCGACCAUCCUCAACACGGAGCUGCAGAAGCAAACGGAGGCGGCGGCGUACCUCUCCUUCCAGCUGCACGCCGCCAGGCAGAAACUGCACCACCAGCGGAUGCAGCAGAGGCACGGACUCCUCGCCAGGGCCAGCGGUCAGGGGGCCCAGUACGUUGCCGAGCAGAACGCCGCUUCUCCGCAUGCGCUUUCAGGGGCCUGCCCUUCCUCUCCCGUGGUCAAACCCAAGCGUAAGAGCGUCCGGGCAGCCUCGAGGGUGGAGCGCGCCCGAGAGUGUGUGCCGAUAGAGAAGGUGAUGGGCCCUGCUGAGCCCACAGCUAUGCCGGACCCCGCUCUCUUCCUCCACCCCCGAAGGCACAGGGCCCGCUCCAGGCACGCCGUGGCACAGAGACAACCUCCGCCGGGCCUGGAGAAGGAAGACGAGGACGGGGAGGAGGAGGAGGGAGGUGGGGAGGGGCCGGUGGAGCCCCAGGAUGAAGCUGCCAGACUGAUGUCUUCAGCUGCAGCUCCCCCUGCUGCUGAGACCAAGGCAGAUUAGGAAAUACUGUGACAUCAGUUUAAAAACUGUAUCAUUAUCUCCUGUCAGGCUGUUAAUGCUGUUGUUCUGCACCUUGACUGAAUUGAUACUGCGGCUGGUUUUAGCUAUUUAAUUAUAUCACACUUACUAUAGACACUUUUUAUAUAUGGACUUUGAUAUAACCUUAGAUAAUGUGCAAAGCCACCGUCAGUUAGUGUCACUUUAAGUCAGAAAUGAGAAGGAUCUGUUUACACUGCUGUCUAAUGCUCUGUGUACUGCGGGGGCCUUGUUUUAAAGUAGCCCCUUCUUGAUUUAUGGCGACGAUGUGUUUGACCACGGUAGCCGCCAUUUAAAGAGGACUCCAUGCGCGGUUGUGCGACCCAGCCAACUGUGACCUUUCAAGGCCAAACACCCCCACCCCCCACACACACAGACACCCCCACCCCCCACCCCACCCGCAGACUCCUCCAUGUGGCCAAACGUUUGUGUGUCCUCUAACCGAGUAACAGCUGAAAAUGUCUGAAGUGGUGGGCGCUUCUGAAAAAAAUGAUUGGAAAAGCCUGACCUAAGAAGCGAUUGGAGAUUGGAGAAAAAAGUGCAUUUCACUCACUUUGAUGAGCUUAGAAACGGUUACCUGAAAUUCGGAUUUCUUUAAACCCACGACCGCCGAACACAACACGGUUGCGUUAGAGAUCGCAUUAUUCGUCAACCAGUUUCCCCUCGCGUUAACAUUUUAAACGCCUAAAAUAAACAAAAGAGACCAGUGCUACAGUAAAUCUUUAAGGGGAAACGUGCUGAUCAGGUUUCUAACUGACUCCAGGAACAAUAAUUACGUUUCUUUGGUGAAGUAGACCUUUUUCACGGCAGAUUAUAUUCAACAUAGAACAUAUCAGAUCGUAUGGGUGCAGCUGUAUCCAGUACCCAUUUGGCUUCUUCUUGGAGGCCCUUUGCUCACUCUUUCGUUAAGAAGCAGCAGUCUCAGUUUUCCGAUUCGUCAUUGUCCUCAUUUUGCAUGACUCAUAGCUGCAGCUAUCAUUUUCUCAUAGAAUUUAGCUAAAAGCAGCGUUCAUGCAAUGGAGCUUUUUUUUAAUUAUUUUUUUUAAGGCAAAUUUACACCAAUAUUUUAGAAUCCAAACAAAAGUAGUGUAAAUUAAAUACAGCACACUAUGCUGUUAAUUGUGACUUUCGACACUUGUCAAAAUGUCUGCUAUGAAACCGGUCUAUUAAUUAACCAAUAGAUUCAGAAUCUACAUUUAUUCCUUGGAUGUCCAUGAUGUAAUAUACUGUAAGGUCACACGGCAUCGUCCUCUAACUUAUUCAUUUAUUAAGGCACCUCUUUAAAAAUAAAACAUACAUAUCACUUAAAUUAUCAGUGAAAAGCGUCGCGCCUUCUCAUGCUACAUUCGAUUUAAAACUAUUAAAUCAGCUGUAAAUUGUUUCCGCAAAGAUGAAAACCAACUUUUAUCAGUGCCUGUCUUAUGUGGAGUCGGACAGCAGCGGCGUUAGCCAGCCAGCCAGCCAGCCAGCCACGCACAAACCACACCGUCUGUUUUACUAAAAGGAUACUCUGACUUCCUUUGCAGUGACUGCUUUGUACGAGCAGGCCACAUUCAGGUGAUAAUCAGUUCCGACUCGUUGGACCACAUUUUACUCAGGUGUGGUUUGUGUACUGAACACACGCGCACACACACACUCACACACACACAAAGACGGCCGCUACCACUACAACUUGUUUGUGUUCGAGGUUGUCGUGUUGGGGGUUUGAUUUCACCUCAGGAAAAACAAACCAUGGACAAAUAAAAACCUAACUGUAGGAUUUUGGUACAUCUUCGACCUACGCACGUAUUUAAAGAAGAUAUUUUACGACACAAAGAGGGUGACCUUACUGUGAAGGACACAAAGGCAAGUUAUCAAAACACAUGCACGUGGUGGCGUCUAGUGUAACAAGAAGAAGGAAACAGAAAAAGAAAGAUCAAAUUAAAACUUCAACUGAUUUUAAAGCAGGAAACAGCUUUUAUGCUAUUUCCUUGUUUAACCGGUUCCCAUUAUGAAUUCAUUGUUGUCCAUUCUAGACCCCACUGUAAUUAUUGCCUUAUGAUGGAGGAUGUAAGAAAUGCAAAGAAGCAGCGUGAAAACAAGUCCUUUUGGCAUAAGAAAAGUUUUCUGUGCGUCAACCUCUGUGUUUUAUUCAAAGCUGUGUGAGUCGGUCGUUACUUGAGCCAUGACUUAACUGAGCAUCAGUGACUGCAGUCGGUACCUUUGACGUGAGCCUUCUUCAAUAGUGGUUAGUUGCUGUGAGGCUUUUCUUGCCUUCCACAGCUACUCUAGCAUUAUGUUUUAGGAGUAUGUCACCAAUAAAGCAAUAUAUCAAUAUAUUUAUAUACUAUCAGUAGGGUCUUGUCAGCCGGUUUAGGGACACUUGAGGCGUUUAAAAUAGAUUUUAUGAUUGUUUAACUUUUGUAAUCGUUGGACUAUGUUUUGCUUGGUAUUUUUCUGAACCGCCCGACGGAUUGUUUCAUUUUACAGUUUUGAUUGUCACUUAUUGUUAUGCUACAGUUUAUUAGAGGCAAAUCCGUGUAAAGGAUUCAAAGAAAAGCUGCAUGUGAGGCAGCAUCGAGCAAAUGGGCAUUUUAUUAUGCCGCCGCCCGGGACUGUCUGGAUGAAGAUGAACUUGUCUUUGGGCAAAAAUGCAAACGUGACGAGGGCUUUUGUUCGCCUCUUAGCUGGUAAGCCAUUAGCAUGACUGUGUGCACUAUUCUUCCUUGGGUUUUAUGAGACAGUUUUUGUUCCCCCUCCAACAGGAAACCUCAACUUUAGACUGUUAGCCUUCAUCACUCCUCCUCCUGCUGCAAAAUGAAGCAGCAGCUGGUGGAUUAAACUCUCCAUCCACCGUCCAUAAUCAAUCAGUUUAACAUCCUUUAACAUACAGUAGAUGAACUUUUAUUUAUGGUAAUUUGUUUGACAAAUGAUCAAAAGACUGGCUGAUGUGCGCAACCGCUUUGAGGGAAACUGCCAAAGAGGCAUCGGCGCUAAAAUAAACAUGAAGACGAACGGUGUGACGCCUUAACGAAGAUGUCUUUCUAUUUCAGCUAGAUUGAGUAAAUCUUUACCACCUUGUUUCAGUUUUCUACAUUUUAGUGCAUCUCGCAUCAUACAAACUUGGCUACUUUCAAAAGUGACAAUAAUAGACUCACACCUACAAGAGAACGUCUUCCAUUUUUCCAGUCCUGGUUUGAGUUCUUUUUGCAUCUUAGAGAAACAUUUCCCCGGACUCUAUGUGGCAACUCUUGUUUGACAUGUCAUGUGGUUUCUAGCAAUAAUGCAGUGUGGUACCAAACAUGGAAAGCAUAUGGACGUUGCUCCGGGUUGGUGUGUGGCUUUGGUUUGCGAGCGUGAGCGUAAGCUAAUGACUGAUUACCGCAUAUACUGUGUUAGCUUCCUACUGCGAUCUACUGUACACAUAACUGGAAUAAAAUGGAGGAUUGUCUAA